AUGGCUUCCAAGUUGCCGCCGCCCCGCAUUCCGAAACUCGAAGAUGAACACUUAAAGCUGGAGCAAGCCCGCCUUAUCGCAUUCACAUACCUCGGAAACCCUACGAACUACGAGAGCUCCACUUAUGCGUUCUGGAUCCAGUUCUGGCGCAUCAUGUCAUUUUACACCGAUGUACCUUGCCUGCCGUCCGCUCAGCACGCUGUUUUCGGGCUGAAGGCUCACGAGGUCGACAACAUCACCCAGCAACUGUCCUUCGGCAUCCCUGGAAUGGUCCAACAGCAUACGACGAGACAGGCGGACACGAAAAAUGCCCCAAAAGCUUCCGAACCCGCAGGAGGCGAUGCCCCCGUACCCGAUGGUGACACCCCCGCCCCCGACGCCGCAGAGCCUCGAGAAGACACCUCUGAAUGCGACGCAGAUCCGUUCGAGGGGCAAGCUAGUCCAUCUGCUGAGGAAGAUGGCGACCUCGAAUCCGAACCCGAGGCCAUUGCCCCAGAAGAUAUCGACGCUUCCGAACCUGAAGGUGAUGGGAUGGAUGAACUUCAGGCGGUCGAAGCAUCCUGGACUGAGCAUGCUGGUGCCUGGAAGGCCAAUUCCAAGUCCGAAGGCGAGGCACCCGAGAGACCUCGAAGCUCGGCGUCCGAGAAUCGUUCCGCGCCCAGCAAUGACAGUCCUUCCGCCGUGUCAUCAUCCAGCACAGCGCAGCACACCGAGCCUGGCUCUUACACCACGCAAAGGAUUCCGGAUACUUGCCUGUUGAUCCCUUAUACCCCGAACCUCACGCGCAAGGCAGCUCGCCAACUCAUGAAAGCCCGUACAAAGCCCCGGCCUAAGGGUUCGACGGCUGAUCAGCUGAGAAAGCAGUUCUGCCGAAACCCCAUGCCUAUUGUCAGGAUACAAGGCCUGCACAAGGGUAUCACGCUCUUCAUCCCCGUGCUUGCUGAGCAUAAAGGAGGGCCUGGGCGUACCGAAGGGGACGAGGAAUACGACAAGUUAAUCGACGGGAUCGAAGAGGAGGCCCAGCUUGGUGCAGCUGAUCAGGGGCGCGUUUUUCUCCAUAACCGCGAGUACUUUGGCUACCAGGAUGAAGUCCUGCUGAUUGCCACCGUGAACGACUGGUACUCCCACACCACGAUGCGGCGCGUAGAAGAGGAUGGAAUGUUCAAGGUGCAAAUGGAGCCUUGGUCACGCAGAGUCCUUGUCGGGUCGGACCCUUCCAAGAAGCGCGAAGCCGCUAUCAUCGCUUGGAUCAAUGAGAAGUUUGGUCCUGACCGGCUCGCGGAGAUGGCCAUGCUGCAGAAGACCGACCACGAGGAACAUAUUCCUCCUACUGUCUCUGACGAUGAGCCUGAGCCUGAUCAUGGGAAGGAUGCCGAUUACCUUCCGACGGUGAACAUUCGCGGGCGUUUCUUCAGGCCGCGGAAGGACACGACGGCUGAGAAUCGUGUAACGCGAAAGGUUGCUCCAGAGACCGAGGACGCCGAGAGCGCAGCCUCUCGCAAGCGAAAACGGAUGGACGCAAAGAAUGAAGAGGAGUCUACCACAGUGGCGAAAAAAGUUACCACAUCCCCGCCAUCAGGUCGAGUUGAGGCUACUACCAAGAAGACGAGCGAAGAUGGCACGAAGCGAGGCGUGCGCUUUGCGGAUGGCGAGCCCCUGGCGCCGGUCACCGACGAGGUGGACCUAGAUGAAGCGCCCGCUAAAGCGGCUGCUGCGGCAGUGACAGUCGAAUAUCUUGCUAGUCGACCCAACGACUCCUGGACUGAUAUCAAGAAGAUGCCGAUCCCACCAGAGGCAGAACCGCACCUCGACCCAACCUACACGCGCGAUCGGAAAGGCCGUCUAGUGGCGCACUACCCCGUCUAUUUCGCCCUCGUCUUCUCGUUCGAGGUGGAGUCUCUCUACCGCCACCUCAAGCGUUGCCGUCAGAAGUACCGAGAUCUCGAUAUGGGUGUCGCGCUGCAUGUCCUCAUCCAGGAGGUGUAUGCGGCGUUACGGAUCGAUUUCGGGGCCGGGAUUACGCACAGCCCGCUCAACGGCAAGCUCGUUUACACCUUCAUCAUGUCUCUAUCCGAUCGUCCGGAGACCCUUCCAUAUCCUGCAGCCCGCAUCUGCAGAUUUCAGGAGAUCGUUGGCUACAAGAAGCCACCGACCAUCUUGGCUUUUCGUCCCAAGGCGCAUCGGGUCCGCAAGUAG